AUGCUAGCGAACUUUUUACGAGAGUACAAUAUCAACCGGCUAUAUUUGUCAAUCACAGGUCUUUGGCCAUUUCAAAAUAGGCUCGCGCGAAAUUUCUUACAGACCUUCUGCUUUCUGUUCGAAAUAAGUUACUGUCCGUUCGAGAUAUUAUUAUUAUACGAUCAUUGGGAUGAUGUGCAAAUGAUUUUUGAAGGCUGUUAUCAAAUUGCUAUUUCGGCCUCUUUUCUCGUGAGGAUGAUAAACGAGUUUUUUAACUACGACAAGUUUCGACAAUUAUACGAGGCCAUCGACGAGCAUUGGAACAUAUUUACAAGCGAUGUAGAAGUUCAAGUUUUGAAAGACUACUCUAUGCUGUCGCGAAAAUUUACGAAAUAUUAUUCGAUGCUAAUGUAUGUUAUGAUGUCGGGAUUUGUAGUAGUACCGUUAACACCGAUGUUUUUGGAUAUCGUGUUGCCUCUUAACGAGUCACGUCCGCGAUUCCUCGCGAUUGAAGUUGAAUUCAGAGUGGAUAAAGAUGAGUAUUUCUUACCAAUUUUCUGUUACACCACCGCUAUAAUUAUAGUGGGUAUGAGUAUUAUAGUAGCUGUUGACGCGAUGCAUAUCACGUGCACUACUCAUGCAUGCAGUUUAUUUGUGGCUGUUAGUAAGCAAAUUGAAAUCAUAAGCACUUUGAAAAUAGAUAAUAACAAUGAAACCAGAAAAUAUGGAUAUCACGUGAAUACAUUUGAUACGUCAAGCGAGGAAAUAAUAUAUCGAGAAUAUAUAAUAUGUUUGAAGAAACAUCAGCUUGCUAUAAAUUUUGUUAAUAUACUAGAGUCGUCGUAUCAAGAGCUUUCAUUAUUUCUAUUAGUAUUGUUUAUUGGAAUUUCAAGUCUAACUGGAAUUCGAAUCGUUUAUGUGUUAGAUCAAUUGGAAGAAAUAGCAAGAUUUAUGUUUAUAAUCAUGGGAGCAUUGGUGAUUCUACUGAUUGUGUGUUACUCCGGUCAGAAAUUAAUAGAUGAAAGCCAGAAUGUAUUUUAUCAAGCAUAUGCGGUAAAAUGGUACGACUUUUCGCCUAGAUUAAAAUCUCUAUUGAUUAUACUUCUUUACAGAAGUAAUGUACCGUGCAAUUUAAAGGCAGGUAAUAUGGUUCCGCUAUCGAUAGCGACUUAUGCAUCGGUAAUACAGAUGGGUGUAACUUACUUCACAGCGUUUUUAUCACUUAAAGAUUGAUCGAAAAUUCAGUUAGUUCACCGAUAUGUCU